CCACACACUUCAUUAUGAAUCCGUAUCCAAAUGGUUGGCCUACCAACUGGUACCAAGGACAAUACAACCCUCAUGUAUAUGUCCCCCCCUCGUACCGCAACCAGCCACCGUAUCAACCAGCAAGAUGGCAAGGAUUUAACUGUAUGUGCCGUCUAAUCUCCAUUACUCACCUAUAAUCUGACCAUGUUCUCUGCACACCCGCAGUCGAACAAUCACAACCAAAAUCUAAAUGGCCCAGUCUCAACCCCACCCUUGCAUCAGACAUGACCUACGUGCGCUACGAUAUCCGCAAGCCCGCUCGGGAAGGAAUCAUGUUAACUACAUGGCAACAAGUUUAUCACAUCCCAGCAUUCGUGGCGCCUACGUAUGAGAUCCUCAUCAUCUCGAAGGCAUUCCCUUGGUCAAUGGUCAUCCGUGCGCCUGCCGGCUCUGUAGUCACAUGCGGCGCGAUCUUUGAGGGAUUGCAUGAAAUGCUACACAAGCACAUCGAAGACUCGGAGUGGGCAAUCGUGGCUCUUGAUAAGACACGGAGGGAAGCAAUCGAGAAGGCUGCGAAGGCGAGACAAGAGAAGGACAAGGAUAAACGACUGAAAAGAAUUGAUUGGCUGGGGGACACGCCGAUGUUUAAGGGGCUGGAAAAAGACGAAGAAUUUGAGAAAAAGAGACAUCUACCUGGAAGUGAUACUGUCGCGGAGACAUGGGUGGUGAGAUUUGGAAAACCGUGAUUGUGAUGCUAUUCGAAUCAUCAUGGGAGUUUCAUGAUACCUUUCCUUGUUUUUUCUCGGACCCCGUGUAACGAUGCCUAUGCUUCUACAUGCAUUAUGCCUUGCGACUUCCGUCACUUAUUAUUAGCCUCAUCUGCUGUGCAUCUCUUGGGAAUCAUUCAGAUAUGACACCACUGAUUAUCAUCGAGAGUGCAAUGUGCAUCCAUGCAUGGUGCAUGCAGCGCUAUACCAUGGCGCAUCGUCAGACCCUUGAUCAAAUUACAUCUAUCAUACGUACAUUCUAUACCCCGUUCCAUUUCAUUGUACGUACAUAGCUAGUGGACACUGGAAACGUUGAAUGUUGAUCAUGAUCAAUGGUGAA